AUGGUGUUUCUAUUCCAGUUGAUUGCUCAGCUACUGCUGGCCUCUACGGUCCUUGCCGCAACAAAUCUAGGAAAGGUCAUGCCUCUGGGUGCAUCCAUUACCUGGGGCAAAGGCUCAACCUUGGGCAACGGCUACCGAAGAUUCCUCCAUGGCUCCCUGACCGAUGCCGGAUACACCUUCACCUACGUCGGCAGCCAGACCAGCGGCUCCAUGACCAACAACCAGAACGAGGGUUUCCCAGGUCUUCGCAUCGGCCAGGUCUACAACGAGCACGCCAAGGCUGAUGUCCCCAAGUACAAGCCCGACCUCUACCUCAUCAACCUCGGCACCAACGACGCAGUACAAAACUUCCAAGUCGAUACGGCCGGACAGCGUAUGGAGGAGCUUAUCGACUUCCUCUGGAAAACGACUCCUAACGCCAAGGUUGUCCUGUCUACUCUGAUCCGAAGCAACAACGCCGACUACGAUGAGCGAAUCGUCAAGAUCAACGCUCAAUACCGAGCCCUCGUCGCCAAGCGCGAGAGCAACGGCAAGAUCUUCCUGGCCAAGAUGCAUGACCCCAACGGACCUGCAGUUGGCGAUAUCUCGGACGACAAGAUCCACCCCAACGACGAAGGCUUCAGGAAGAUGUCUGUCAUCUUCUUUGAUGCCAUCAAGAGGGCAUACCCUACCAAGAAGGCCCAGGGCUUUACUGCCUAA